UGGCUCUUGCCUUCUGCCAUCUGAACUGCCAGCUGCCACCCACACCAGCUGUACCAGACACCAUGGAGAAGGCCCUUGUCCUUCUGCUUGUGGCCCUUGCUGCAGUGGCCUAUGCAGCUCCUGGACCCCGGGGACUUUUUGUUAACCUGGAUGACGGCGAGAUCUGCAUGAACAGUAUGCAGUGUAAGAGCAAAUGCUGCCAACAUGACACCAUCCUGGGCAUCGCCCGUUGCACACACAAGGCCAUGGAGAACAGCGAGUGCUCCCCGAAGACCAUCUAUGGAAUUUACUACAGGUGUCCCUGUGAGCGGGGCCUGACCUGUGAGGGGGACAAGACCAUCCUUGGCGCCAUCACCAACACCAACUAUGGCAUCUGCCUUGAUGUCGGGCGCUCCAAGCAGUGAACCUAUGCGAUAAGCUGGGCCGGGGGCCACCUCUCCCCUCCUCCAUCUGCGCUAUCUGAGCCAGCUGUAGGCUAUUAAAGUGCACCUGCAACCUU